AUGACAACACACCCAUGACUGGACCAGGUCGACAGACGCUUCAAUUCAAAGCGUUUCUCACCCCCGGCGUGAGAUGGCGCCAACUGCGGGAGAGCAGCUUCUCCUGGACUUGCUGCACGAUGAUACGCUGUCGGACGACGAAUUAAAAAGCCUCUUCGUGGAUGGGACACACGCGCAGCCAUCGCGUCCAGGUUCCGACCGAUACGCCACAGUACCACAGCCGGACCUCUGGGCCGCAGCGCUUCAGCUAGCCAAGGAUGGCUACCUCCCACACAGCAAGGCGAUUCGUCAGAGGCAUGGCGCCGGGCCCCGAGCGCAGGCACAGAAGCAGCAGGCCACCGCCAGCGGCCCGCCCACCAGCCCCGCCGCCUUCCCCGCGCUGCCCUCCGCGGCGCUCCCGCCCGUGCCCACGCCCUCUGCCUCCGCCGCCACGCCCACCUCCUCCCGCAUAACACACGGCGCCUAUGGCACCGGCUCCGCCGGUCCUGGCGCAUGGGGCGGCGCCCCCACGCCCGCGCCCAGCCUCACCAGCGCCGCCGACACGCCAUCCGCGAUCAGCGCCAGCGCCAGCGCCGCCACCAGCGCCGCCGCCGGCCGCAACCUGCAGGGCGCAUGGGCUCAGGGGCCCGUGGGCGGCAUCAGCCAGCGGAAGCAGGCCGCGCUGGACGAACGCAUGACGGGCAGCCGCCACCCGCACCAGGCCACGCCGCAGUCCCACGCCAGCCACGCCACGCCCUCGCUCUCACACUCGCAGUCGCAGUCGCGGCCCGGCGGCGGCGUCUGGGCGGCCAGCAGCCCCACCGCCUCCGUCACCAGCACCGCAGCCACAGGCGGCGGCGGCGGCGGCGCUGGAUCCGCAUGGGCGGCAGCGGCGCGCAACACCGGCGGUCGAGGGGGCCCCGGGGCAGGUGCGGGUGGAGCCACACCCAGCUCUGCUGCAGGGCCGGGGCCGGAGGCGGGCGGGUACACGCCGGUGACGGGCAUCGCCAACGGCCCCGCGAGCGAGGCGGGCGGCAGCAGCGUGAAGCGCAUCGUCCCCCGACCGGUGCAGCAGGAACAGCAGCAGCAGCAGCAGCAGCAGCAGCAGCAGCAGCAGCAGCAGCAGCAGACACUGGGCUCGCAUGCGCCCUCCCCCGCGGGAGCUGCUUGGGGCCCGCGGCCUGGCGGCGCCGGCACCGGCCCUACAGUAAAGCGACUGCAGCCACAGCCGGUGCCGUCGCCCUCGCCGCCGCCUGGGGCCGUCGUUGCCGCCAGCCCCGCGCUCAGCGCCAGCAGCAGCGGCGCGGCUUGGCCUGCAAUCACCGCCGCGGGCCCAGCCUCCGCCAACCCUUGGGGCGUGCCCCCGAUCGCCACCUCCCGCCCCCAACAGAAGGCUGGCGGCAGUGCGGCCCCCGCGGCGCCGGCGGCCUCAGCAGCGGCAUCAUACCUACCCGGGGACCCCACCACCCCCAUCAGCUCGGUAGUGACUGCUCUGGCGGGCGCCGCCGGCGCCGCCGCCACCGCCGCUCCCUCCAUGUCGACGCCGACGUUGGUGCUGCAGCCUGUGGAGUCAGGCACCGCAGGCGCCGCUGGGGCGGCAGUGGCGGCGGCGGCGUCGCUGGCGGCCGGCGCCAGCCCGCCGUCCGUCACGUCGCGCCCGCAGGCCGCCCCCCGCUGGCUCGAAGUGGGCGCGGCUGGCGGCGCGGCGGCCGCUGCUGCGCCGCCACAGGUACUGGCCCGCUGUCUCUCAGACGUGGUGGAGAGUCCAUCAGCGGCCACGGCGCCGGCAUCGGCCGCCGAUGCCGGCGCCGACGCCGACGUGCGUUCCGGCACAGCAGGGAUGCUGGUUGCGGGCGAUAGCGAUGUCGAUGGCUCAGCUGCGGCUGCAGGGCGCAGUGGAGUCGAGGCUGCGGCGCCGCUGGGGCGUGUGUGGGGUCCGGCGCAUGAGCGGCUGGCGCAGCUGCAUGCGGCCGUGCUGUGCUCGGGCCGCGUGGCGUGCCUGCAGGACGACCUCAGUGAGCUGCUGUACCUGCUGGCGGCGCCGCCGGAGGCCCUGACAGAGCCGGCGGCGGCAGCGGCUACAGCCGCCCCAGCUGCUACCACCAUUCCCACUUCCGCCUCCGCUGCUGCUACAGCUACAGCUACAGCGGCAGCUGCAGCUGCAGGCGCCUGGUCGCUGCCGACUGCCGUGCAGUACGGCUGUGCGGUGCUGUCGCGGUGCGGCGGGCUGCUGUCGGGCGUGGGGCACCAGCUGCUGGCGGCGGUGGCGGCGUGCGCGGCGGCGCGUGUGGCGGCGCCGGCGCUGGCCAGGACGGCGGAGGCGGCGGCGGAGCGCUGGGAGAAGAGCCUGGCGCGGCGGCGGGCGGUGGACGCCCUGGGAGGCCAGCGGCUGCAGCUGGUGGGCCCCAUGCUGCAGGCCGGCAGCGACGCGGUGGGCGCCGCCGCCGGGCGCAGCCGCAGUGCCGAGCAGCAGCGGCGGGUGGCCAACCGGGAGCGCUGCCGUGACGCAUUCUUCUCCCUAGUGCGCCAGGUGUCGUCGCUGCUGGGCCGGGUGGAGGCGGAGGCGGCGCCGCCCACCGCGGCGGCGGAGGCGCUGGUGCCACUGCGCGCCGCCGCCGGGGAGCUGUUGGGAUCGCUACAGCCGGAGAACCUGCCCUUCUUCGCGGAGCUCAUCACAGGCUGCGUGCUGCAGGCCGCCGCCACCGGUGAGAGCCUGGUGGAGGGAGACCUUGCGCACCUGGCCACACGCAACCCCUCCAAGUUCCAGAGGCUCAACCAGAGGCUGGCAGCGGGCCCCACCUUAUCAGGCAGCCAUCAGCAACAGCAGCAGUCCGCGCUCUCCAACGGCAGCCGCCAGGCAGCCGGAGGUGGCGGCGGCGGCGGCUUCGGCGCCCGCGCCGCCGUCAGCGGAGGGCCGGGAAGCGCCUACGGUGGAGGCGGCGGCGGAGCCGCCGACUUCGGCGGUAGCGGCGGCGGCGGCAAGGACUCCUACGGCGUGUUGUUGCGGUGCGGCGCUGCGGUGUCCCGCUGCUGUGUGUUCCCGGCGCCGCAGCGGCCCUACGUGCUGCUGCUGGAGCUGUGCGACAGCGCGGCGCUCACGGCGGCGGUGGCCAGGCACAUGGCGGGGGUGCUGCAGGGCAUGCUGUGCAAGUGGCUUGGUGUGCCUGUGGGGCCGCCAGGCCAGCCGGCGCCGCACGCCAAGACCGGCCCCGGCGGCGCCGCCACCUCCACCUCGCCAGCAGCGGCCCUGGGGCGGCUGGGCGAGCCCGUGGUCGCCGCCGGCACCCUGGCCGCCUACCUGGCCUAUCUAGGCACCGUGUACGGCGCCGUACGGUACGGCGUGGCGCUGCCACACCUGGCCGCGGUGUCGUACUCGCCUUCCAAGCCAGUGGCGGCGCCGCCGGAGGCGGCGGCCGCAUCGGCGGCGGCGGCUGCCGCCGCCGCCACCAGCCGGCAGCGGCAGCAGCAGCCGCACCGGAUGGUGCCGCCGCGGCGGCCGCCUCUGGAUGUGCAACAGCUGCUGCGGCUGGCGGAGGAGCGGCCUGAGGCGCUGGUGAUCGUGGUGCCGGUGGUCGUGCAGUACCUCUACUUCCUCACGCACGGCAUCCGCGUCGCCUCCGGCCAAGCCGGGCUGGGCUCCGACGGCGACGCCGCCGACGGCGGUGCUGCAGGCGGCGGCGGCGCUGCCGCCGCCACCUUUGUGUCCGACGGCGCGGUGCCGCCAGCGCCGUACCUGCGCGGUGUGGCGGCGCGGCUGCGGCGGCUGCUGGCGGCGCCGCCGCUGGCGCCGCACCAGGAUUCCUUCUGUGCCGCCGCCCUGUGUCUGCGCAGUUCGGCUGAGGAGGCACUGGCGCACGCGUACGCCGCCGCCGCGGCGGCUGCCGCCGCGGCCGCCGCCAGCGGCGCCGGCGGUGUUGCCGCCGCGCUCGACGACGAGGACGACGUCGAGUACGACGACGGUUACGGUUACGGAUACGUCUCGGGGGCUGGCGGCCGCGGUGUGCCGUACGGGGCUACGUCGUACACAGUGGGUGGCAGCACGUCCGUGUCUUGCUCGCCCGCCCGGCCCCUCCUGUCGGGCCGCGAGCUCGGCGUCAGCGCAGGCCCGGCGGGUGCGGCUCCUGGUGACGGUGCCGCCGGCGCCGCCGACACUGACGCGGCGGCAGGGCUGGCGGCGGCGGCGGCCAGCACCGCCGGCAUGGGCUUGGGCCCGCCUGUGUGUGACCCCAGCUGGACCACCAGCCUGGCCCAGGGGCUGCAGGCCAUGGACGGACUGGUGGACGCGCGCUUCCAGGAGCUGUGCUGCCCGGCCAUCGAGGAGGUGUCCCGGCUGUUGCAGCGCACCGCGGCCGCAGUGGCGGUCACGGCCUCGGGGCGCAAGGCCGGCAUGGCGGGGUCGCCUGCGGGCCACGGCGCCGAGGCGCGGCCGGUGGCGCGGCGCGUGCCGCCGGCGCCGCUGAGCCGGGCCGCGGGCGCGGGCGUGGCGGGCGGUGUGCCCGUACCGGACAGCGUGGCCGCGGUGCUGUCCGCGCCCGGCCCCAGCCCGCUGCAGCAGGCGCUGACUCAGGCACUGCUGGGGCAGUACAGCACGGGCGAGCACGCCGUGGCCAUGCGGGACGUGGUGUCGUACGUGACCGGCGUGCUGGCGGUCAACGGCGCGGCGGCGGCGCUGGAGCUCAUCGUGCCGGCGGCGGCGGCGCAGCAGCUGGCGGCGCUGGCCGAGGCGGUGCGGCUGCUGCUGAGGGAGCGGGUGCGGGCGGCGCAGGAGGCGUCGGCGGCCUCAGCUGCGGCGGCGGCCUUGGCCGCCACAGACACGGACGACAGCUUGGCGCCCAGCACGCCGACCACCGCCGCCGCGGCGACCGCGCUGGCUCCGCCGGUGACACUCUCUGAGGCGCUGGUGGCGGCGGCGGCGCCGGCGGAGGCGGCUGUGGCGGCAGCCAUCGCCGCCAGCCUUGAGUUGGCGCUGCCGGCGGUGCGGCUGCAGCUGCGUGAGAACGCACACAAGUCACUCCAGGCGCUGCUGUCCGGCACGGUGCCAGACGAGGCGGUGGCGGCGGCUGCGGCGCUGGCGGCCCAGAGCGCCGAGGUGGCGUGUCUGCAGCGGCUGGUGGCGCACGUACCGGCGGCGGUGCGGCACCACCUGGCGGAGGAGCAGGUGAAGCACGUGGUGCGCGAGGCGCUACGCGAGGUGGAGCGCUCGGCGGCGGCGGUGGCGCGCAGCAGCCUGGCGGCGGCAGUGGCGGCGGAGGCGGCCGCAACUGAGGCUGCAGCGGGGGCAGAAGCGGAGGCGGAGACCGCCGCUGGUGAGCCUGUGCUUGCACCAGAGGCGGGCGCAGCAGCUAGCUCUGAUGACAGCGCUGGGGCCCGCCCCAAAGCGCCGCUGCCCCACUACGCCACCACAGAAGCGCGCAGCGCCCCCUCGACACCCCGGGCCGCAUCUGUACCCUCCGCCCCCGUCUCCACAGCUGCCGACCCAGCGGCAGCGGGCGCAGCCGUCGGCAUGGCUCUGGUACGACUUGCGGCGGCGGCGGCGGCGGCCUCUGACGACGAAGCGCCGUUGGGCCUGGCAGUCGACGCUGUGCUGCAGCACACAGGCGGAGCACGCGGCGGCGGCAUCCUGGCGGUGGCGCUUGCCGCCGCCAGGGCUCAGGCCGCCGCUGUGCCGGCGGCGGCGCCAGUAGACCCAAUGGCCUGGGCCGCGCAUCCCGCCGUGGCGGCGGCCGCCGCUGCCGCCGGCGCGGCGCUGUACGGCGGCAUCCGCGGCGGUGACGUGGCCGCCGACGCCGUGGAGCGGUUGCUGCAGCGCUGCCUGCGCGCCGCCACCACGCUGACGUCAGCGGCGGGCGACGGCACCGGCGCCGCCGCCGCCGCGGCAGCUGUCGGCAGCGACCCCCCUGACGUGGCGGCGGCGCUGGCGUUCCUGGCGGAGGUGGGGCUGGCGGUGGUGGCGGCUCACGCGGCGGACUCGCCCAACUGGGCCGGAUCCAUCUGGGCCGCCUCCGUCGACGUCACAGUGGAGAGUUAUCCCUACUUCCCGGAGGUGGCGGCGCCGCCAGGCGCCGCCGCCGACGCGGCGGCAGCGGCAGCGGCAGCGCUGCCGCGCGCGCUGCCGCCCAUGCUUGCGAACCUGUACCACGGCCUGGCGGCGUUUGGCCGGGACGUGGAGAGCUGGCGGCUGCUGCGGGCGCUACGGCUGGCGCUGCAGCGGGUGACCAUGGGCCACUUCACGGCACUGGAUGUGUAGGGGCACGAAUGGAGCGGCGAAGGGCGGCUUUGGCUCACGCUUUUGCGGGGAUCCGUGGCGUUGCAUUCAGGAGGGCCAGGACUGCGGCCCAAGGUACUGCCGUACUGGUCUGGGCGGGUGGCAGGCCCAUUGGCCAAUCAGUGACUGGUGCAAUUAGGUUUGUGCAGGAGGGCGGAAUGCACUCGUGAUUUGCGUCCAGCAGACGGCGGCAAGGCCUCGGGGCGGGGGUGCGAUGCAUGUAUGUAAUUUUUAGUCAGGAGAGUUUGUGAUUUGGACAUUGCGUGGCCUCGUGGUCGGCUGUGUUGAUGUAGGGCAUCUGCAUCACGAACAGUUGGGGGGAUGAGCGGGCCAGGGCAUGCCGUGCACCGGGCGCUGCGCGGCUGCUGAUAGGUAUACGAAUAGCGCCAGGAUAAGGAGAGCAUUAGACACACGUGAGCUUCCGAAACAUGGCUGUGCUAGUUCCCAAGCCGGUGUGGCUGAUUAAGCUGCUUCCAUGAUUUCAACCCGGCCCGAGACCGU